UCAUUCAUCACUUAUUAGUUGUUGCUAUUUGGUGAAAACAGAUGCUCUUCUGUUUCUGUCAGGAAUGUGAGUUAAUGCUCAGACAGAUAGGAGCUUCCUGUAAUUUAUUAGUAACCUACAAACACAUGGAACCAGAGUCAGGCUUGUCUGGACGAUGUUAAACGAGGCACAAUCCUGCUCCUCAUCCAUCUCCCUUCAGCGUUUCAACAGCAACACAAGUGGCUGUAAAACAUCUGUAAAACAUUUGUUUUCACUGAGAUAAGAUUUCCUCAUUGGACUCUGGUGAAACACGACAGUCUUGCCAGGAGGCAGAGCUGCGAGGAGCUUUUUUGUGGUGCUGCAUCAAAACAAUAUUUCUGGUGGAUUCAAAGUGUUACAUGAACGAUGGAGACCAGAGGUGUUUGGCUGAUCUUUUGCCUUCUGCUGCUGGCACCGUGCACACUCCAGAAGAGCAGCAUGAAGAAAAGAAGUGGCAAGAGAGACUCUGCAAACAGCGUAGCAAUCGAGGAGCUGAGGAAACAGAUAAGUGACAUAAUUCAGGAGCUGAAUUUGUUGAAAGAGCAGCAGGCUCUACAAACAGUUUGUCUGAGAGGCACAAAGAUCCUGGGGAAGUGUUUCCUGGCUGACCCGGUGAAGAAGACCUUCCACGCCGCCAGCGAAGACUGCAUCGCCAAAGGGGGCAGCCUGGGCACCCCUCUGUCAGGGGACGAGAACGACCAGCUCUACAGCUACGUCCGCCAGAGCAUCGGCCCCGAGGAGCACAUCUGGCUGGGCAUCAACGACAUGGUGACCGACGGCCAGUGGGUGGACCAGUCUGGGUCCAGUGUGCGGUUCAAGAACUGGGAGACGGAGAUCACCCUGCAGCCGGACGGAGGGCGCAGCCAGAACUGUGCCAUCCUCUCCACCACAGCCAACGGGAGGUGGUUCGACGAGAGCUGCAGGGCCCAAAAGGCCUCGGUCUGUGAGUUCAACAUCGUCUGAGGCCUUAAUGGGACAGUUCACCCAAAUAUGCAUCAUCCAAGUGUCCGUAAACCCAAGACAUUAAAAUUUUGCUCGAAACGGUGUCAUUUGCACCAAGUUUUUAGUCUAAAUGUCCUCGAAUAUGAAAGUCGGGGCUUAUGGACACUUGGAUGACACCACAGGAGCAGCAUGGAGGCAUGUUAGGCUUUUUCAGUUGUUU